CAUGGUCUUCACCACAUUCACCGCCACCCCAAGUUGUGUCGUGAUCUCUCCACGCUCUUCUGCCGCUCUCAUCUCGGGCCACGGUCGCAUGCCCGAAGUCCUGACCUGCCUCGCUAAAAUAAGCCUGCAGCACCAUGCCGAAGGAAGAAAAACUAGAAGAGUGGUAUUUUUAGUGCCAUUAAUUUUGACCACGUGCCCCGAAGGUAAACCGGAUGGCCAUUGCGCAAAGGUCCCUCAUCAUUAUGUCCUGCGAGGCCAAUGCGCAACACUGGCCAAGGACUGCCGUUCUGCUCUUGGGAUUGCUCCUAGUUGGGACUGCGUCCUCCAAUCCGAUUCCAAGUAGGACUAAUAGUACAACUUUAUUGGAGAAGCAAUGGGAGACCCUCUUCUCCCGGUCCGUGCUGGGAAUCUCUGGAGAGAAACCAGAGGGAAACUGGGAGAAUGACUAUUUGCAGGGCACCAGAAGAGUGCGGAGGUUGUACUGCAAUGUAGGCAUCGGGUUUCACCUUCAGGUCCUCCCAGACGGCAAGAUAAACGGUGUACAUAAUGAGAAUCAGUACAGUCUUAUAGAGAUUUCCAGCGUGACCAGAGGGGUGGUUAGCCUGUACGGUUUGAAAAGCGAGCAGUUUGUCGCAAUGAAUAGCAGAGGAAGGUUGUACGGAACGGUCGCCUUUAGCGAUGAGUGUAAAUUCAAGGAGACCCUGCUGCCAAAUAACUACAAUGUAUACGAGUCCUCCGUUUACAAAGGAUUCUACAUCGCUUUCAGCAAACAUGGCCGAGUGAAGCGAGGAAACAGAGUCACCACUGCUAUGACUGUCACUCACUUCCUCCCUCGAGUAUGAGCAGACUCUUGCAAUAAUUCUUCCUUUGCACUGAUCUCUUGAGAGAUCUGAUGACGGACUAUACGUGGAACUGCAAGAAUAUCAUCAUAAGAGUACUCAUUCUUUUGUAUAUGUAUAUUUGAAUAGGUCUGCUUUUUUAGAGUCCCUGAGUAUGCUAUUCAGGGCUGCUUCAAUCUUUUAUUUCAAUAUUUUUUGAUCACGGAUGUGGAGGUUCCUCCACCUUCCAGUCUGUAGUCAGGUGCUUGCCAAGAAUGGAACGGACUCUGGGUGGAUGGUGCAAGACCCGUUUGGCUUUUUACCAUGAUAUUACGUUUUUUAUUACCUCAAAGAGAUACGGUGGUGCUUGAAUAUUUGUGGAGGCUUUUAAAUUGUUUUCAUUUUCAAAGGCAAAACAUAAAUAGAUUUACAAAAAUCCUAAAUUAGAAGUAGAACCCAACUGAACAAUGACACAAAAAUAUUUUAUUUAUUUACUAAAAAGGGGAAAAGGAUUGUGAACCUCUGGGAUUUGCAGUUUUAAAGAUAAAAUCUGAACAUGGAGAGUUACUGACGCUUCUUGCUAUAUUGGUUGGAUAAUUUCAACAAAAUAUAAAUAUAAUACAUUUUGAUAAGUCUAAUACAUUUGUAUCCUUUUUCUAAUUGGGUUCUCUUAGUCUACGUUUCAUAAUGUUGUGAAGUCUGAGGUCAUUUUUUUGCAGAAAUACAGACAAUUCUAAAAGGCUCAUAAAUCCUCAAGCUCCACUAGAUGGUUCGAAAAGAUGCAUGAAGUUACACAGAGAUUGUUUUUUAUUUUUUAUCAGCCGACACAAGCAUCUUAUUUUUUAUCUCAAACAGAUAUUUUGUCUUGUUUUUCUCAUGCUGUGGUGUUGUGCGAGCACUUAUAGGAAAGCAGAUCUCUCUUGCUGCAUGUUGCGCUGAGGUGCCUUGGCAUUCCCAUACGCCGCAUGUGUUUUGAACACGCAUGCUCCGAACGCCCCGGGGUGUCAGAAAUAGGGCUGAUAUGUUAGCCGCGGCCCCUCGGGGACUCUCCCACAAGGGCCCUGAAGAGGGGCAGGGGGAGGGGUGUGCAUCUCUGCUUUAUUUUACUUUUCUCAAAUUAGAGAACGGCCCGUGUCACCUCGAGCUCGUCCGGGACUACGGAGUGACUCACGGAUACCAAUCCUGAGCCACAUCCAAAGCCUGGAAGGUCUGUAGUAUGAUCUGUUGUUAAGCAUCGUUUGUUGUCUCCAAAGGGAAAUUGGGUGAAACUUUUAGUGGAGAUCUCUCCCUCCUAUAUGAGCUUUGUUUUAUUCGUGUUUUAUUUAUGUUUAUUUGUGUUUUUUAUGUUAAACAUAUUUUUUAAUGGAUACGUUUUUUGAAAAGAAAACAGAAAAGGCGGGGGGAAAAAGCUACAGGGCAAUUGAUGCAAGCGCACACUAAAAAGAAGAUUUUGCCCACAGAUACAAUAGCUUAUCUCUGGUUUGCCUGAAGAAAAGGAGCACUCGAAAAAUAAGCUUAAAGCUUUGCUGCGAACGGAGAAGUAAAGCAAUGAAAAUAAUGUAUAUAUAGUUUCUGAGCACUGAAAGAGUUCAGUAAUACGGAGCUGUUGCUAAACUUAUGUCAGAUUGCAGGCUGUCAUCGAUGAUGGAACGGCGUCUGAUUCAAGGAAAUACUUGUAGUAUUUAUUUAUUUAUUUAUUUUAGUGCUGUGUUUGAAUAAAUCCUGGCAGAGGAGGCUGUUGGUGUACCCAGGCUCGGUCCUGUUGCUGCAGAGACACUGCAGUGAAACCCGGCUCUGCCGGAUCCGCUGGUGCUCUAUGCAAAUGUAAUUACAGGGCAGAUGCUGUGUGUUAUCCAAACUGAGGGGCUGUCACUGUUUUUUAUGAUUUCAGACUUUAACCGCUAGUCCUGUCACCAAACGUUUACCCCCAGAGACUUUUUCUUUAAAGGGAACUGGAAAGGAAUGAUGCUAUUUUAGAAAGACUUAUGGGUCACCACGGCCUGCUUGUUUGUUCAAUCCGUUUGAAGUAUGUGGCUCCUGGGGGGUGGAAUACCUGAGCCACGCUCGUGACAUCUCCCUCACAUUGAUACUCCUGUAAAAGCCAUCGCACAUAGAAGCCUUGAGAUUCCAGUUGCAGCGUCGUGAUCUUUCCGGUAUUUGUCCAAGGUCAUAGCCAUACGCAAAAUUUCCAUGAUAGUUGAAAUUAUUGUUUCGUUUUGGUAUCCACGCAUGCUAGCUAUACUGUGCAAAGAUGAAACUUUUGUUUGGUUGGGUCCUUCCUCUAGCGCAGUGAAUAUAUCAGGAGGGACCACUGCAGGACUGACGCAAUACUUAAUCGUCCCUGCCAUGCUGCCUGAUUGUGGUUGUCAUUGCUUCACAUUUGCAAAUUUCUUUUCAAUUGUCAGCAAUUAACCCAAUGCCAAACAUGCCAAACAUGUUAAAAUACCAAUGUGCCAAACAUGUUAAAAUCCAUCCACAAUCACUUAGAAUAGUGGCAAACAUCAUUAAACCACUCAUUUUACAUAAUGGAAGGAUGUGGUAAGGUAGUCUUAAAGUGCAAUAAUGCAUGGCCUAUCUGUAACUUAAAUGUCUGAUUAUGUUAUAAAAUCCCGAGCACUUAUGAUGGAGAAAAACAGAGGUGAGGAGAGAGCCAAAUAAGCCGUUUCAUUACCUCGUGUCCAGUUUGCGAUAGCAAUCAAAGUCUGUGAGGAAUGAGUGAUGUGCGUGAACAUUUGGGAAUCUGAGCCACCUCAACUACUGAUACACGUCGCUUGGAUUUAUUGCAACAGCUGUAAAAAUGUUUAUUGGGCAUAGAAUAUAGACACCAGUUUCCUGGUACACGCUGGACCCAGAAGCUCAUGAGAAAAACGUAUGUGCUCAUUAAAUGGCCAGCUUUAGUUGUCAUGGUCGGAAUCAGUGAGGCCAUUGCAGCCAUUGUUUUUCUACGGCUUUGUGUUUAAGGGGUGUGUCUGAUUCCAUUGCAGUUCGAGGGAAGACCUCCGUGCCUGUGGGGUGGUCAUUAAUCAUUUAGUGUGACGUCUGGAUUUUUCUGGUCUAUUUAUUUAUAGUUCCUUUUCCACCAAAGAUUAAGGGUGAACAAAUGAAAUGAAUGUGAUAAAAAAGCAAAAUAAGUACAUUCUAUUAAUUUAGAUAUACUCAUAAGCUGAAUACAAUUAUCUUUCUCAUAAUUAGCAGCACAGCAGUCCAGGGUUUUUGUGUCUAAUGUAUGCGUUUUCUCUUUGUUUAAAUGUUGUGUAGAUGUAGAUGAGUAGUUCUGUCCAUUUCUUUUACGAACACUUCACUCACUCUCUGCCUUAUUUAUGAGUUCUUGCAAAAAUUGUGACAGUAGGAAACAGGCAACGAUUUUGUCUGAAGUCAUAUGUUAUAGUUAUGUAUACAAACACCUAUUUUGGACGAUUUUUUUCUUUUCUUUUUCUACGUAUGUGCUGUGCACAGCAGUUUAUUACUAUUCCUGAUGUUAAUAAAAGUUUAUUUUUUUGUUUUUGUUAUUUUAUUCUUAUAUUUUACAUGUGUGUAUCGCUUUAACAUUUUGCUCAAAGUAGUGAAAACAAGGACUGGUUGGAGUCACAG